AAAUAAAAGUGUUUGGUAUUCUGUCAUCGGUGUUUGCUGGUUUCUUGAUGAUCCAUAUUGAACCUUAAAUGGAUGAAACUAAUCCAUCUGGAUUGUUCUUAGUGACCUCAGGUAGUAAAGGUGAUAGACUUCUUUUUCGUUAUCCAUUUGAUGUUGAAGGAAGCAAAGAAACAUGUGAAAAAAGAAAACAGAGUUAGUCCUUAUGCGUUGCCAAGUGAUCAUAAAGAUGAAUUAGGUAUUCUUCAGGAAGACUCCUAUGAAUCUACUGAUAAUCUACUCAGAUUUGAUGACAAGGUUUUAUCAAAUUUAUUCGCUGUAAAACCAGAGCUUUGUGGUCAAAAGUUUGAGCUGAAAAUUGAGAAUGUGCGGUUUAUUGGGCAUCCUACUUUUUUACCCAACAGAGAACAUUCUACCAUUACCACAUUCAACGUUGUAUUUGCUCUGAGAGCAGAUGCAAGUUAUUCUGUUGUUGAUUGUUAUCAUGAUUUGUGCCAUAAGUUGUCAAUUGCUAUUCGUAAUGAAGAAUGUCGCUGCAACUAUUUAACCUCUCAAGCAAAGAUAAUGCAGAGUGCUCAUGAUGAAGUGGCAUCUAUGCCAGAAGAAAAUCAAGAAUCACCGUUUAGUUUAAUUCUUUCCAAAAGUGAAUUAGCAGUGCAUUUGAAAGUAGUAUUUGAAGAUUUAAAAAGUAGUGGAGUUGUUUAUACAAAAAUAAAUGACUGGAUAGAGCUUAGUUUCUGCUUGCCAAACAAAGUUCAUAGGCUGCAAGAUGAAAGGCUACUUGUUGAGCCAGAAUGUAUUCAAGAAUGCAUGAAAUACUUAAGACCUUAUCAUGGUUUGUUACUUCUCUUGGAACCUGCAGAAUUAUUGAGUGCUCUUCCACUGGACUCUUCUCCUGCAUUGAUAAGACUAAUAAACGUUUCAAGCCCUUUGAAAAAUUUUCAGCAGUUAGCAGCUGAUGCAGACAUAAUGCUUUCACAUGUAUUCCAGUUAGUAGGUCACCUUCUAUAUUGGGGCAAAGCAACAAUUAUAUACCCUAUCUGUGAAAGCAAUGUUUACGUAAUAUCACCUUAUGCACCUACAUAUAUUAAUUCAGCUGUGGCAGCAAAGUUUUCUGAGCGAUUUCAAAACAUGUCCUUGUUGGCGAUGCUAAGCCAGUUCUCUUUACCCAUUUCCCUAAGUGUAUUAGAUAGCCCAAUGAAGACUUCUUAUCAGCAAGCUCGGCAAGUACAAAUGGUCAUAUGGAUGCUGCAGCAUCGUCUUUUGACGCAACUACAUACUUAUGUAUACCUCAUUCCCUCUGAUAGAACAUCAGUGCAACAUGCAGAAUAUUCAAGUGGUCAGAACAGAACUCAAAAAUCAGAACAAUCUGUUGAAUUUGGAAGCUCUUAUCAGAGUGAGGAUUCCCUUUUAAGUCCAUCUCACUCCAAAGCGUCAAGUAUAUCAGAUGAGGAAGAUUUGUCACUGAGGGAGCAGGACUGUAUGCGUCUCGAAAAUCUUACCCCUUCGGAAAGACAAAGUAUAUUGAGAGAUGCUGUCAAUAAUAAGGAUGACCAAAAAACUUUCAUCAGUAAUUCAGCUGUGGCAGCAAAGUUUUCUGAGCGAUUUCAAAACAUGUCCUUGUUGGCGAUGCUAAGCCAGUUCUCUUUACCCAUUUCCCUAAGUGUAUUAGACAGCCCAAUGAAGACUUCUUAUCAGCAAGCUCGGCAAGUACAAAUGGUCAUAUGGAUGCUGCAGCAUCGUCUUUUGACGCAACUACAUACUUAUGUAUACCUCAUUCCCUCUGAUAGAACAUCAGUGCAACAUGCAGAAUAUUCAAGUGGUCAGAACAGAACUCAAAAAUCAGAACAAUCUGUUGAAUUUGGAAGCUCUUAUCAGAGUGAGGAUUCCCUUUUAAGUCCAUCUCACUCCAAAGCGUCAAGUAUAUCAGAUGAGGAAGAUUUGUCACUGAGGGAGCAGGACUGUAUGCGUCUCGAAAAUCUUACCCCUUCGGAAAGACAAAGUAUAUUGAGAGAUGCUGUCAAUAAUAAGGACGACCAAAAAACUUUCAUCAGAUUAUCUCCAUAUUUUCGUGGGCGUCAUCAUCUUGAAGAAAUUAUGUACUGUGAAAACAUUUGGCGUUCUUGUCUUUUAUCUCUGCUGGAUAAAUUUAGAAAUAUUUUAAUCACAUGUCAGUUUGAAGAUGCUGCUGUUUCUGCUUUAAAUAAGCGUUUGUGAUAUUUUUUCCAUGUUAUUGUCUUCUUACUAAUAAAUUAUUCAUAACAAUCAUGCUAUACAUUACUUUGUAUAUUUUAU